UACAGUAAUAGAAAAAUGAUUUGCGCCUUGGCUGUCGUCGUGUUGGCUGGUGUGUUGAACGUCGUGUCGGGGUACGCCACCAUCCCACAGGGCGCGACGUUCCAGUGGCAGCUCACACAGACCGUGGACACCAGCGUCAGCGCCGACGUCUUCGACAUCGACCUCUUCAUCACCAGCGCCGCCACCAUGUCCACGCUGAAGAGCUCGGGCAAGAUUGUCAUCUGCUACUUUUCGGCGGGGAGUUACGAAAACUGGCGACCCGAUGUCGGAUCCCUUCCUUCGUCAGUUCUCGGAAACACUCUACACGGCUGGCCCGAUGAGAAAUGGUGGAACGUCACUGAUGACGAUGUGCGUGACGUGAUAUCCGCGAGACUUGAUAUGGCGGUUACCAAAGGAUGUGACGGGGUGGAACCUGACAACGUUGAUGCCUAUGACAACAACGGCGGGGGCCUCGGCUUGACGAUGUCGGAUCUGGAGGAUUUCUUAUUCUGGAUUGCUGAAGAGGCACAUAACAGAAAUAUGUCUGUUGGUCUGAAGAACGCCCUGAGUCUAAUCCCGGCGGUCGAGUCGGACUUCGACUGGGCGCUCAACGAGGAAUGCUUUGAUUAUGACGAAUGCAGCGAGUACUUCCCAUUCAUUAAUAGCGGAAAGGCUGUUUUCCACACGGAAUACGUCGAUGCUGUGGCAGAUGGCGCUGCCAAGAUAACUGCCGUAUGCGGAAACGUUCCUUCCGAUUUUUCGACAAUCGUAAAGUUGUGGGAUCUGGACGCAUGGAGGCUAACCUGUCCUUAAUCAGCUGAUAGUGGUUUUCAUUUGAUUCAAUUAGCUGUCAGAACAGUUCACGUUUUGUUUUGAACAGCUUCCAAGAAUCCAAUAUAAGAUUCUGUUAUUGUUAUAUUCGUACUAAAGAUUUUGAAAUCUGUCAAUAAUCUGAAAUUUGUAAUAAAUUCUUUCACAAAC